CACACACUCACACACACUCACACACACUCACACCUCCUCCAGCCCCACCACCCCCACCAUGGCCGCCUCCACCCUGUCCGGCUGCUCCAGCAACCUGAGCUACGGCAGCCACGUCUACCUGCCCGGUCCCUGUCACCCCUGCACCGGCUCCUCCUGGCAGUGGGACGACUGUCCAGAGAGCUGCUGCGAGCCCCCCUGCUGCGCCCCCAGCGGCUGCACCCCCGCGCCCCGCCUGGCCCUCGUCUGCACCCCAGCGAGCUGUGAGCCCAGCCCCUGCCUGUCAGGCUGCACCAGCUCCUGCACCUCCUCCCCCUGCCAGCCGGCCUGCUAUGUGCCCGUCUGCUGCAGGCCCGUCUGCUGCACUCCUGUCUGUUGCACACCCGUGUGCUGCACGCCCGUGUGCUGCGAGGCCUCCCCCUGCUCGGCCUCCUCCUGCUGCCAGCCCAGCCCCUGCCCCUGCCCCUCGUCCUGCUACAGACCCUCGUCCUCCGUGUCCCUCCUCUGCCGGCCCGUGUGCCGCCCCGCCUGCUGCGUGCCCGUCUCCUCCUGCGGGGCCCCCACCUCCUGCUGCCAGCCCAGCUGCUGCCGCCCGGCCUCCUGCGUGUCCCUGCUCUGUCGCCCCGCCUGCUGCGUGUCCACCUCGGCCUGCGAGUCCUGCUGCUGAGUGAUCUUCUCGAGGUCACCCCAAAGCUCAAAAGCUGUCUGCCGUCUACAUCCCUGGACUCCUUGCUAAGAGCCGAGACAGCAUCAAGCCCUCCCCCCGGGGCCCCUGCAGUGGACAGCAUGUCCCCUGACAGCCCCUGUGCCUCUCCCUCCUGGGAACAGCAUGCCCACUGCCUCCAGCACCGGUGAGGCCCCUGCCUGUCAGCGUGCCCUCGACAGCCCAGCCAGACCAGUGCGACCCCAGAAAGGCAGCCAGGCCCUCCCGCAGCUUUGAACUUCACGUGGCAAAAAGGAAAUGAAAAUAAAUGCUUCAGCCGGCUCCUCACUGCUGCCCCUGAAGCUGUGUGGCCCGGGCUCUUCCACUGCUUCCUGGCCCGGCUUGAUUCUCUCCUCCUCUGCGAGCUGUCAGUCCCUCCCAAUAAACUCCUGCCCUGAUGAA